AUGUCCACCGUCUCAGUGAUUUACCAGCUGAAGACUAUCAAGGUCAAGGCUACACCAGGGACCCCUGUCAGUGAGAUCUUGGAAAAGGCAACUUCUCAUUUCAUAUUGGACGCCACCAGAUUUGGUUUAUUAUUGCUUAACUUACCACCAGGUGCUAAAUUGAACUUACAAUUAUCCAAAACAAAGAAAAAUGUUGAUAUCACAAUCAAAAUUCAAUUCAUUAAUAGUCCAUUUGAGAAAACUUCAAUUGUACAAAAUAUAAAUAAUCAAAAAACACUUGAUGAACUUAUCGAUCAGAUUCAAUCAUCAGCUGGUUUAGACAUAUAUGGCUCUAAAAAAACAUUGAAAUUUCAAAGUAUAUCUAAAAUAAUCAAUCAAGAUGAUUUUAAUAAAACUUCAUUGGCAUCUUUUGGUGCUGAAAAUAAUGCAUCUAUAAGAUUAGUAUUUGAAAAUACAAAUAAAGUUACACCAACAGUUACUAAACCAAAUCAACAACCAAUUCCAAAAGUUGAGACUAAAUCUGAACCAAAAAGUUCAUCAAAAGAGUCAUCAAAGCCAAUUGAACAACCAAAACCUACGUCGAUUCCAGAAGUACAGAAGCCAGUGGAACCUGUCAAAUAUGAAGAAUUAAAACCAUUAGAAACAAAUGAAAUAUCAUCGGUAUCAAAUCCAUUUCCAACCCCAACUCAAGAUUCAGAUGUCGAAAUCAAAGAUGCAUACCCAACACCAACACCAAUUCAACAAGAAGCUUCAAAAUCCAACACACCUGAACCAAUUCCUAAACAUAUUUAUGUCUAUAAACCAUCAGAAUCACCAUUACCUCAACAAGAACCAGAUGAUGAAGAAUAUGAUUUAACAGUAUCACAUGCACGUCAAUAUCAACAAAUUUUAUCACAAAAGGCAAAUGAAUCAUACAAGACCAAAAGAUUACGUCAAGAAUCAAAAGAAGCUAAUAAGAAAAAAAUCACAAAUAUUGAAAUAAGAAUUAAAUUUCCUGAUGAAAGUAAUUUACAGGUUAAUUUUACACCACAAGAAACUAAUUCUGAUUUAUAUAAAAUUGUUGGUGAUACAUUAAUUAAUAAUGAUGAAUUUUCAUUACAUAUCCCAUAUCCACCUGCAUUAAUUGAAAAUAAUUCUCAAAAAUUACUUGUAAAUUUCCAAUCAAGAAAUUUAUUACUUUUCAAAACAAAACUUCAAAAAUCAGGUCCAUAUUUAAAACCAGAAUAUUUAGCAAAAGCCAAAAGUUUAAAAGAAGCUGAAGAAAUUAAAUUAGAAAUUGAAAGAAAGAAUUCUAAAAAUGAACAAGAUGAAUCAAUUGAUUCUUCAAAAAUUUCAAAUGGUGUAUUACCAAAAAGCAAAACUUUUGGAUUUGGGAAUUCUUCUAAAAAUUCAAAUUCUGAAAAGGAUAAAAAAGUUCCAAAAUGGUUUAAAUUUGGUAAGAAAUAA